CAGCUAGAUAGAUAAUGGUAAUAGACAUGCUGCGUUUCUAAAAACAUUCCCAUGUUAUCACCUUCCCUAAAUGCAUAUAUUGUAGAAUUUGAAACAUACAUAUAUUGCGUUUUGUUCAGUCAUAUUAUCAAGUCGUUAAUAAGAUGAAGUAUGUUGUGGUAUUCUACGUGAUGGUGGGAUCAGUACUGGCCUUGGAUAAUGGCCUGGCUCUAACUCCGCCUAUGGGUUGGUUGACCUGGCAGCGAUUUAGAUGCAUUACCGACUGCAAGAAGUAUCCCGAUGAAUGUAUAAGCGAAACUCUUAUAAAACGGACUGCGGAUAAAAUGAUCAGCGAUGGUUAUUUAGCCGCAGGGUACAAUUAUGUCGGGAUAGAUGAUUGCUGGAUGGAGCAUGAUCGUGACCAGGAGGGGCGGCUGGUUGCUAACGGGACUCGCUUCCCGAACGGAAUGAAGCAUAUCGGAGAUUACUUACAUAACAAGGGCUUAAAAUUCUUUUUAUACCAAGACUACGGGAAUAAAACAUGUGCGGGAUACCCAGGUGUUCUUGGACAUGAAAAAACUGACAUUGAUUCUUUUGUGAGCUGGGGCGUCGAUUAUAUCAAAUUGGAUGGCUGCAAUGUUGAAGUGUCAAAAAUGGAUUCUGGAUACCCGGAAUUUGGUAAAAUGAUGAAUGAAAGUGGUCGCCCCAUGGUGUAUUCGUGCAGUUGGCCUGCCUACCAAGACAAGCCAGAUUACGAGUCCAUUCAGGAGCAUUGCAAUCUCUGGCGGAAUGCAGAUGACAUCCAAGAUUCGUGGUCGUCUCUAACCAGCAUAAUGGAUUGGUUUGCAGCACGACCGGAGCUGGCCAGUUAUGCUGGUCCGGGACAUUGGAACGACCCUGAUAUGUUGCUAAUCGGGAACUUUGGUCUAUCGGUAGACCAAGCGCGGGUUCAAAUGGCGGUUUGGUCCGUAUUAGCAGCACCGUUAAUGAUGAGUGUGGACCUUGACACUAUACGAGAUGAAUUUAAACAGAUUUUACUCAACUCUAAGGUGAUCGAAGUAGAUCAAGAUGAGUUGGGUAAGCAAGGCAUGAGGGUGUGGAAUAAGUCUAAAUGUGAGAUAUGGACCCGAGAGCUCUCAGCAGGUUUUGCCGUUGCAUUUGUGAGCAGACGAGACGACGGCGCACCUUAUACUUUAAGAGUGACAUUCGAGGACAUGAAAAUUCCUAAACAAAACUAUAUCGUUCAGGAGUUAUUUGAUCAAGAGAAUAUUAGAAACAUUAGGAGCGAUGACGAACGAUUCGAAACUCGUGUGAACCCAUCAGGUGUGAAGUUCUAUAAGUUUGUACCGGGACAGAACAAUGAAAUAAAGCGGUCCGCAGAAGUCAUCUAUUUCUUAGAAUAAAAAUUAAGUACCUAUAUAAUUUUUAAGUACAAAUAUCUUAUAACAUAAUCAUGAUAAUUAAACAAAUUAUUAAGA